AUGGCGACCCGCAGCCCCUGCGUCGUGAUUAGUGAUGAUGAACCAGGUUAUGAUCUAGAUUUAUUUUGUAUACCUAGCCAUUACGCUGAGGAUCUAGAAAAGGUGUUCAUUCCUCAUGGACUAAUUAUGGACAGGACCGAACGGCUGGCUCGAGAUGUGAUGGAGGAGAUGGGAGGCCAUCACAUCGUGGCCCUCUGUGUGCUCAAGGGGGGCUAUAAAUUCUUUGCUGACCUGCUGGAUUACAUCAAAGCGCUGAACAGAAAUAGUGACAGAUCCAUUCCUGUGACUGUAGAUUUUAUUAGACUGAAGAGCUACUGUAACGACCAGUCAACAGGCGCCAUAAAAGUAAUUGGUGGAGAUGAUCUCUCAGCUCUGACCGGAAAGACUGUCUUGAUUGUUGAAGAUGUAAUCGACACUGGUAGAACGGUGCAGACCUUGCUCUCCUUGGUCAAGCAGCAUGAUCCAAAGAUGGUCAAGGUUGCCAGCUUGCUGGUGAAAAGGACCCCUCGAAGUGUUGGAUAUCGACCAGACUUUGUUGGAUUUGAGAUUCCAGACAAGUUUGUUGUAGGAUAUGCCCUUGACUAUAAUGAAUACUUCAGGGACCUGAAUCACGUUUGUAUCAUUAGUGAAACCGGAAAAGCAAAAUACAAAGCCUAA